AAGUGAGUGAAAGAAACGGAAAUUCUCAAAACUCAAAUGCAUGUAUCUGGAAUCUAUUUGUCCAAGGCUGACAGCAUACAGGAUUUUAAAUGGAUACUUCGUCGACAUGCAUUGUGGAGGGAAACAAUUGUAUGAGAAGCAGAGAUGAUGGGGAUGAAAAGGAGAAAGAGGAGGAGAAAGAUGAGUCAGUUGUUCAGGAGCAGCAGAGACCAGCCUGGGCUCCGUGUUUCUUCUCCAGACAAGACAAAGAAGUGUAUUAUUACGUUGGGCAGGAGAUCGUCAUUAGAGGGGCUCUUGACUCCUACGGAGGCAUGAUAUGGCCGGCGGCGCUGACUCUCUGCCACUACCUGGAGACUCAUCGAGAAGAGUUGAAUCUCAUGGACAAAGCGGUUCUGGAGAUCGGUGCAGGAACUGGCCUCACAUCUGUUGUAGCCACGCUCCUCGGUGCGUGGGUGACCUCCACAGACCUCCCAGAGAUCGUGGACAACCUGAGAUGUAACCUGAACAGGAACACUAGGGGGCGCUGCAGGUACACACCUCAAGUGGCAGCUCUGUCUUGGGGCUACGACCUGGAGAGCACCUACCCUACGUCCGUCUACAGGUACGACUACGUGCUGGCAACUGAUGUGGUCUACCAUCACGACUUCCUGGCCGAGCUCCUGGUCACCAUGAAGCAUUUCUGCAGACCGGGAACGACUUUGAUCUGGGCCAACAAGGUGAGAUUUGAGACGGAUCUGAACUUCACUGAGAACUUCAAAAAGGCUUUUCAGACAACUCUGCUGUUCGAAGACGGAGAGAUGAAGAUCUUCAUGGCAACGUGUAGAGAGGAAGAACUAGCAGUCCAAGAUCUGCUGAAAGAGGAGGAGAUGGAGGAGGAGAUGCAGGAGGAGGAGGAGGAGAGGUGCUCCACAAAGCUUGUGGUGGAAAAGCAAAAUGGCGUUGAGCAUCACAGUGUUAAUACAGAAAAAGGUAAAGAAAAAGAAAACAAUGCACCAGAAGAACCUAAUGUGUCAGAGCCUGAGAGAGGAGGAGAUGAGAAGGAGGAAAAAAACAAGUCUGGCGGAGAGGAUGAGACAGAGGAGACAACAGUCCACCAAUAUAAAGAGGAAGAGAAGGAUAAACCAGAUUGUAGCACCACAGCCAGGGAGGAAGAUGUGACAGGACAGGCGUCCAUCCAAACAGCAGAGCAGCAGGACAGCACACCUCGCUGGGUUUCAAAGCUCUGCAACCGCUUAGAUAGAGAUGUCUACCAUUACGUAGGGCAGGACAUCGUCAUUCGGGAGUCCAUGGACUCCUAUGGAGCGGUGAUGUGGCCUGCAGCGUUGGCUCUGUGCUCCUUCCUGGACAACAACAGGCAGCAGGUCAACCUGCAGGGAAAGGAGGUGCUGGAGCUGGGAGCAGGAACUGGACUGGUGACCAUUGUGGCCAGUCUGCUGGGAGCUUCAGUAACAGCUACAGAUUUACCUGAGGUGUUGGAUAACCUCCAGUCCAAUGUGGAUAGGAACACCAGGGGGCGUUGCAGACACACACCCAAGGUGGAGGCUCUUUCUUGGGGCUACAACCUGGAGCGCACCCACCCCGCAUGCCUCCACAGGUACGACUACGUGAUGGCGGCUGAUGUGGUCUACCAUCACGACUUCCUGGCCGAGCUCCUGGUCACCAUGAAGCAUUUCUGCAAACGAGGAACGACUUUGAUCUGGGCCAACAAGGUGAGGUUUGAGACGGAUCUGACUUUCACUGAGAACUUUAAAAAGGCUUUUCACACAAGUCUGCUGUUUGAAGACGGAGAGAUGAAGAUCUUCACGGCAACAUUCAGACAGUGAGAGACAGAAAAGAUAAGAAUGGAUAACUCAGUUUUGAUUUAUUUUUUUACCAUAUUUUGUUGUGUUUUUUCCCAAUAUAAUACAGCACAGUGUAUAAUUAAAGCAACUAUAGGAACUUUUAGUUUUGUGUUGAUUUUGGCACCCCUGUGGACAAAAGCACUAGUAUUUCCAUGAGCACCACCACCUUGUGUUGUAAAGAUUGUUGCAUUUAUUUCGAGAAUGACUGUAAGUAACAACGAAAUUCAUUCUUUUAAAACAGCUGUUUGUAGAAUGCAUAGCAAUGAGGGAUGUAAUUAUCAAUAUCAGGAACAUUUUUUUUCACUCGCCAACCUAAAUUUAUAUAUACAUGUAAAACUGUGUCUCUCAAUGUCAAUGUAUUUCAUAAAUAAAACAGCCAUAUUACAUAGGAGGAAGAGGGCCAAUUCUGGAUCUUUUUAAAAUCCUGGUACCAUAUUUACUACCUUAUGAAGCCUGAAAAAGUCAAACCUUUGCUACAUCAGUUUGCAACAUUGUUAAUUUAAAUAGAAUAAUUUAUGUCUCAGUGUGCAGGUUAAAUAAUUAGUUUAUUAAUUGACUGAAGGGACAUUUUUCAGUGAUUUUUAUGAACAAAGUUUCAUGGUUCCAGCUUCUAAAAUGUGCAGAUUUAAUGCUUUAAUCUCAUAAUAACCUAAAUAUCUUUAGGUUUUGGACUGCUAUAGGUCAAUAAAGUGAUUUGAAUGCUUCGUGUUGGGCUGUGGGACAUUUUUAUAAUUGAUCUGCAUGUCUAGAACAUAAUCUGUAGAUUAAUUGAUAAAGGAAAUUGUUGUUGCAGCCCAUUCUCCGUGUUUUGCAUCAGUUAUUAAAUGUCCUGUUUUUGCUGGGAUGUGAAUUGUAUUUUUUAUUCAUAUUGUUUAAAAUUGAUAAACCCUUUUAUCUGUUAGAUAUUUCUUGUACUUGUCAUUUCUGGACAAACAU